GUUUGUCUUGCAUAAGGAGCGAACAGCGGAGUUAAAUUGUUUCUUACCUAACAAAUAUAAGGUAGCCGCGAGUUCGUAGUGCCGAUUACGUUAUUCAGUGAAAGCCUGUCGUGGCGUCCGUUUAAGAUGUGGCUGAGCGUUUUGUUUGUAGCAUCAUUUAUCGGCUUAUUAUUGUAUCUAGAUACUCGGAAACCACGAAAAUUUCCACCUGGCCCAAACUGGUUGCCUGUAUUAGGAAGCGCCUUGGAGGUCAAGAAGAGCAGAGACAAAACUGGAUAUCUUUACAGGAGUAUCAAGCAACUAUCAAACACGUAUUGCAAAUAUAGCCCUUUGAUAGGCUUAAAAAUAGGAAAAGACAGAAUCGUCAUGGUGAACACCGUAGAAGCUAACAAAGAAAUGCUUCACAACGAAUUCAUAGACGGAAGACCGAUGGGUAUAUUCUAUCAGACAAGAACUUGGGGCGAAAGACGUGGUGUACUUCUAACGGACGGUGAAUUGUGGAAGGAACAAAGAAAGUUUUUAAUACGUCACUUAAAAGAAUUCGGCUUCGGAAGAAGUGGCAUGAGUGAAACAGCUGUCGUCGAAGCUGAGCAUAUGACCCAGGAUAUACUAGAUAUCAUGGGAGAAAAUAAAAGUGCAACAAUACAAAUGCACAACUUCUUCAACACUUAUAUUUUAAACACUCUAUGGACAAUGAUGGCGGGAAAACGAUACAAUCCCAGUCAUCCAGAAAUGGUACUUUUACAAACAAUCUUAUUUGAGCUCUUCGCAGCUAUUGAUAUGGUAGGCUGUUCUUUUAGUCAUUUUCCAAUACUAUCUAUACUAGCACCGACUCUAUCUGGUUACAAAGACUUUAUUCGGACACACAAAAGAAUCUGGAAAUUCUUACGUAACGAGAUCGCUAGUCACAAGUCUAGGUUUGACCCCAAUAAAGAAGACAAAGAUUUUAUGGACGUUUACUUGCGGGUCUUGAGAGAACAUGGUGAGGUCAAUACCUAUUCGGAGGGACAGCUCGUUGCUACUUGCAUGGACAUGUUUAUGGCGGGUACGGAGACAACGACUAAGAGUAUGAGCUUUUGCUUUAGUUACCUUGUCCGUGAACAGAAAGUCCAAAAGAAAGCUCAAGAAGAAAUAGACAGAGUCAUAGGGAGAAACAAAACUCCCGCUCUUAACGAUCGUCCCAAUAUGCCAUAUAAUGAGGCGAUAAUGCUUGAAAGCAUUCGGCACUUCAUGGGUCGAACAUUCGGAGUGCCUCAUCGAGCUUUACAGAACACGACAUUAGCCGGAUAUAAUAUACCCAAAGAUACAAUGGUAGUUAGUAACUUUCCUAACAUAUUGAUGGACGAGGAUCUCUACCCCGAGCCUUAUUCUUUCAAGCCGGAGAGGUUCAUGUUAGACGGGAGGCUGAGUGUUCCCGACCACUUCUUUCCCUUCGGUCUGUCCAAGCACAGAUGUAUGGGAGAUGUUUUGGCUAAAUGUAAUAUGUUCGUAUUCAUAACAACGAUGCUUCAGAGAUUUAGUUUCUUACCCGUCCCCGGCGAACCGUUGCCUUCUUUGGAUCACGUGGAUGGAGCUACUGCAUCAGCAGCUCCCUUCAAAGCUUUAAUAAUACCAAGGAUGCAAGACGAAUAAUUUCUUUCUUGUGAUGUAAUUAAGAUUUAGUUAAUAACACUUUCAAUUGCCAUAAAUGUUAUAAUCCCUUAUGUAUAUACCUAUGUUUAAUAAAUAAAAUAGCUGAUACACGUAUUGACGGAAGUCACACGUUGGGAUCUCGAUUCUACCUUAUAUGUUUGCUGCUGAUAUGUAAAAACACAAAUUAAAAUGUUAAAAUAUAAAUUGUAACGCAAAAAUAUCGUUAAAAAACUGAUUUGUUUUUAUGGUGAGGUAUUGACAUUACAGCUAGAUUAAAAGAAGUGCUAUAAUAUAUAGAAGGCUAUUUUUCAAAAGACUUAUAAAAACGGAUUUGUAUUAAUACAUUAUCUAAUUUCCAUAUAGACAAAAUGUAA